AUGGUGUGGCUCACACGUCUCUCUCGCCGUGAUGCAUCCAGAUGCGACGUCGGCACUCUCGCGAAUCAGACGUACCCUGAAGGUGGUCCCAUCGCAGCUGCCACCACUGGCACAUACCCUGAAGAGUACGGUGGUACGCUCAGUUACUUGCCUGGUCAACGACUCUCCAGAUGCACAUGUCCAGACUUCGAAGACCAUCCAGGUCCUAAGCACCCAGAUGGCACCUACGUGGGUCGAGCAGCCCCAGAGAUCGACGCAAUUGAGGCCGCUGCUGGUCAGCGCCCAGGCGUUUCUGGCGACGUCAGCAUGAGCUUGCAGCUGGCACCGUUCGAUGCCGGCAUGAACAUCACGCUCGACGGUGGCGCUGUCGAGUAUCACUCGCAAUUCUCCAAUGGACAGAAUAAUUACAAGGGCGGCGUGUGGCAGCAAUGCGCCAGUAGUCUCAUCACCACUCCAGACAACAACUACGAGGACACGGGCGGAGAGUACGAUCAGUAUGGCUUCGAGUACCGACCUGGAUACGAGAGCGAUGGUGGGUUCAUCACCUGGACUGCUCACGGUGGCAGACCGAUGUGGACACUGCGCGCCCGCGCUCUCGGCGCCAACGCCGAAACAGAAAUCGCCGCCCGGCCCAUCCCCGUUGAGCCCAUGUACAUCAUCAUGAACCUGGGCAUGUCCGAAGGCUUCUCUCCCGUCGACUUUGACAGACUUACCUUCCCUGCAAAGUACCUCAUCGAUUACGUCAGAGUCUGGCAAGACGAAGGAAGCGAAAAUGUGGGAUGCUCCCCCGAGAAUAUGCCCACGAAGGAUUAUAUCGACAGGCACAUCGAUGUGUACACCAACCCCAACUUGACCACUUGGACCGCGACUGCUGCUCGCGGAGGCUACAACCGACCUUUUGCGCCGAACCGCCUUCUUGGACAAUGUUAA